AUGAGAUACAAUGACAAUGGUUAUCUGCAACUAUUAAUGGAUUCAAACUUACAAUCAGGGGGUAAUCCCAUUUUGUUACGGGAACGGAGGAGUAAUUUCCGAGGUCUAACAAAUGGGUAUAAUUCCUAUAAACUCCCCGGUUCAAACAUACAAACAACCACUGAAGAUCAACAAAAUGUAGGAAACGAUGAAGACAACCAAACAACCUCACAUUCAACUCCUGAGCCUGACUUGUUCCAUGUGGUUAAGUCGAUAAUAUUUCAGAUAUAUCAUGUCUUUAUUGGCUUGUUUCUAUCGUCGCAACCCCCUUCAUUGGGAGGUACUAUUGAGAAAGAAUCAUCGGAUAAUACAAUUCAAAAAAAUGGAUUUGUAACAUCAACAACAAGGGCCAAAGAUCUGUCUAAUGAUAUCCAAGAACGUUCCAUUGUCCAGAGAGUUAACGGUCAAAAUGAGGGCCCCACUUUCACCAAAGACCUUGUAGCACUCCUCAAUAACAAUGGGAAGGACGAUUCCGAUACUGAAAGUGAAUCUGAUGGCUUAGCAGGACCAGAACAAUACGGGACAACUUUCAACUUGGUCAAACAACUACGUGAUCCUACCCCAUUAUUGGAUAGUGGUGACCUUCUCCUUCAAAUGUCUGACGAUUCUUCAAUCGAGUACAGAGUACGCGAAAUGUCUACCCCUCGUGCUCUGAUAUCGCCGUCCAUAAUAUCAAGUCCUUACCAUCAGGCGAUUGCCAAGUUUUAUCUUCCUCAUACCCCGGUAUCGAAAUAUCUGAUUGUAGAUACUCUCAUCAAGGAUUUCCGAAAAUCUGAUCUCGAACAAAUAGAUGAAGACAAGCAACGCCAACAGUUGAUAACAAAGGAACGUGAGAGUGCAACCUCGCUUAUUAAACCUCUCUCGAGUGACCAACAGGCAAAAUUAUACAAAAUAUGGUCUACCUCUAACCAACUGAUCAUUGUAUCAUCCCACUUCCAAAUCGAUAUUACUGUCAGAGAUCUACAAACCUUGUGUGAUAAUCAAUGGCUCAAUGAUAAUGUGAUUGAUUUUUAUCUUAAUUUAAUCACUGAACAGUCGCUGAAUGUUUUCUGUUGGACUACUCAUUUCUUCACAACUCUUCAAUCCAAGGGGUAUCAGGGAGUGGCACGUUGGUCUAAGCGUAAGAAGUUAAAUGUCACUCAAAAGGAUUUGAUAUUGGUUCCAAUUAAUAUUAUGGGGACCCAUUGGGCACUUGCAGUGGUAGAUAAUGUGAAAAAGAAAUUUGCAUAUUAUGAUUCAUUAUCUUCGCUGGGUAACAAAAAGGCCCUUCAAUUGCUUGUGACUUACAUGCUGGAAGAGGGGAAGAAACAAGGUUCUUCAAUAGACUUUCAUUCAUAUGAAAUAAUACCACUUGCAGAGACUCCACAACAACAAAAUGGAUAUGAUUGUGGAGUAUUCUCAUGUACAUCUGCAUUCUUUGUAUCCAAAGGUAAGCCACUUAAAUUCAGUCAAAAGGAUAUGAAACUACUCAGAAGGAAGAUGGCUUAUGAAAUCCUUACUAAAGAGUUGAUAAAGUAA